AUGAGGUCCCAGAGGUAUGCCCACGCGCUUUUGCGCCGUGGCACCGUCAUUCCCAUGUCGCCAAGCUCCGGCCGAGCCCCGACAUUGCGACUGGCGCAGCUUUCGCCGAGAUCAAGUCAAUCGUCUUGCUCACCAUGGCCGCAACCCGUACGGAGUUUCCAUACGUCUCCUCUGCGGAGGAGCGGCGCCUCGAACCCUGCAAUGGCAUUUCCUUGUCUCGACGCCCUCGAAACCCGAUCUGCAACCCUCCAGGCCACCUCCGAAUCCAGCGGCCCCGAGCCCUCCUACACCACUGGUGCCACGCUGAACUACCACUGCCGCGACCCAUUGCUGCUUGACUGGGGAGGCGUCCUGCCCGAGUUCGACAUCGCUUAUGAGACCUGGGGAACCAUCAACGCCGACAAAUCAAACGUCAUCCUGCUGCACACAGGCCUCUCGGCCUCGUCGCACGCCCAUUCGACAGACCUCAACCCUCAGCCAGGGUGGUGGGAGAAGUUUAUCGGCCCCGGCGCAGCUCUCGAUACCGACAAAUACUUUGUCAUAUGCACAAAUGUCAUCGGUGGCUGUUUCGGCUCCACGGGCCCCAGCAGUGUCGACCCAGCCGACGGCCAGCUCUACGCGACCCGGUUCCCGAUCCUGACCAUGGAGGAUAUGGUUCGUGCCCAGUUCCGCUUGUUAGACCAUCUGGGAGUGUCUAGGCUGUACGCGAGUGUCGGCUCAUCCAUGGGCGGCAUGCUCUCGCUGGCUUCGGGACUGCUGUUCCCCGAGCGGGUAGGAAGGAUCGUGUCCAUCAGCGGCUGUGCGAGGAGUCAUCCCUACAGCAUAGCAAUGCGACACACUCAGCGCCAGGUCUUGAUGAUGGACCCCAAUUGGAACCGCGGCUUCUACUACGGCAAGGUGCCCCCCCAUGCUGGUAUGAAGCUAGCUCGCGAGAUCGCCACCGUCACUUACCGUUCCGGACCUGAGUGGGAGCAGCGUUUCGGACGGAGGAGGGCCGACCCAUCCAAGCCCCCAGCGCUCUGCCCGGACUUUUUGAUUGAGACCUACCUCGACCAUGCUGGAGAGAAGUUCUGCCUUACCUACGACCCUAACAGUCUGCUCUACAUCAGCAAGGCCAUGGAUUUGUUUGACCUUGGCCGCGACUACCAGCACGCUGCAGCUGCUCGACGUGCUGAGAAGGAGAAGCUCCUCGGAACGGGAGUUGAACUCACCGACGUGGCUGCUUGUAGCUUGACCCUGCCUGAUGUGCCAUACGAGGAGCAGCCGGAGUCCGGAGUCGAUGACAGCCCGCUUGUCGUCGGAGGCAAUCGGCCCCCAGAAGACCUCAUCGCAGGCCUGGCGCCACUCAGAGACCACCCGACCCUAGUCAUGGGCGUCGUCAGCGACAUUCUAUUUCCAGCUUGGCAGCAGUACGAGAUUGCCGAGGCGCUCAAGCUGUCAGGAAACAGGGGUGUGACACAUGUCGAGCUCAGCGAGGAGCACAGCCUCUUUGGACACGACACGUUCCUAUUGGACCUGAAAAAUAUCGGUGGGAACCUCAAGAAUUUCUUGGGGUGA